GAGAAAGAUGGUGCUUCAAGCCUUCGACUCAUCAUGGAUUAGUUGAGUUGACCACCACCACCACCACCACACCACGACAGACGGGCCAAUCCACCCAACCGUCUCCACUUCCCUCCCCACCGCGCCAAAUUCCCACCCCCUCCUCCGCCGCCGCCGCCGCCGCACGUGCGCCUCCACCUCCUCUCCAUUGCCGCCGCCGCGGCACGGUCAACCACCCCCACCCUUCGGCGGAGUCGCGGAGGAAUGCGGGGGGGGCAAUAGAAAAUUCGCUCGCUAGCAGUUGGCAUGGCGGAUUAGUUUAAUCUUGAAGUCCUUGGUGGUGGUGGUGAGGAGGAGGGGGAGGAGGAGGGGAUUGGGCUGGCUAAUGGCCGGGUCCUCCUCCUCGUUUGGCUCGCAGAGCAGACCGCGACCCGGGUUUGAGGGGGGAGCAGCUCCGCGCCGCGCUCGCGGUUGCUGGCUGAGGCCGCCGCCGCCUUCUCGGGUUGGGGGAGUGGUUGGGGAGCCGUUGGGUUCUUCGCUGCUGGGGUUUUAGGGAUCCUAGGCUGGCUUGCUUGCUUGCUCUUGGAGGAGGAGGAAGAUCGUGGGGGUGGAGGGUUUCUUGCGGGGGUUGGCCGGAUUUUGAUUCGUCGCCCGAGCGGGCUUGAUACUGGAAAAAGGAGAAGCUUCCAUUUUUUUUUCUCUGACUUGAAAGGGGAUGGCCUUCCCAGAUGAUGAUGAAAAGAUGAAGGGUUGCCGGCCAAAACUUUUUGGAACAAAAGAUAAGAAAGUUGUGAAGAGGGCAGAUUACCAAAGCUGUUCUGCAGUUAAGUCCGGGCCAAGUUCCUCAAAGUCACAAUCUUCUUCCCCCUUCAGAACACUUACAGAAGUUAGGAGCAUACGCCUCAGCCAUUUACUUGGUCACUCUUCAAGUACUACUAAAACUGAACCUUUCAGGAUAUUUGUAUCUACAUGGAAUGUCGGAGGAAACACGCCUACUGCUGAAUUAAACCUGGAUGACUUCCUUCCUGCUGAUGACAAUUCAGAUAUUUAUGUUUUAGGUUUUCAGGAAAUUGUCCCUCUCAAUGCUGGUAAUGUGCUUGUCGUAGAAGACAAUGAACCAGCUGCAAGGUGGCUUGCUCUUAUAAACCGAACGCUAAACAAACCAGUUGACAGUAAUGCUGAUAUCUUCCAGCACAAGCCAUCUUCUUCCCUUGAUUCAACCUCGUCUCUGUCUUCAUCAAACCUUGAUGCCUCAUUCUCCAGCCGCACAAGAACAGCUAGUGGUAGUUCUGCAAUCUUCCAGAAGUCCUCCUUGAAGUCUAUCAGGAAGCCUUACAUGCCAACCCAGAGAAAACUGCUCAAACUCUGCAAUUGCUCAGUUGAGAUGACUAGGAAGUCCUACAAAGAUGCUUGCUUUGGAUGUCCACAAGCAUAUGCUAAUGAGACGGACUCUUCAGAAGAUGAUACAGAUGAUAGAUCGAAUGAUCCUUGUGGUUAUAUAGUUGAUGGAAUGAAUUCUGCUGCCUCUGCCUCCAGGGAUCAGCUAAAAUACAACCUCGUAUCGUGCAAACGAAUGGUUGGGAUUUUUAUCACGGUGUGGGCAAAGAAAGAACUUGUGCAUCAUAUAGGCCAUGUGAGAACGUCUUGUAUAGGUCGUGGAAUAAUGGGCUAUCUGGGAAACAAGGGAUGUAUAUCAGUGAGCAUGACGGUGCACCAGACAAGUUUCUGCUUCAUCUGUAGCCAUUUGGCUUCAGGUGAGAAAGAGGGUGAUGAGCUGAGGCGGAAUUUAGAUGUUUUAGAGAUACUGAGACUCACGCAAUUUCAAAGGAUUUGUAGAGCUGGGCGAAGAAUUCCUGAGAAAAUUCUUGACCACGAUCGAGUGAUAUGGCUGGGAGAUCUAAACUACCGUAUUUCCUUGAGCUAUGAAGAUACCAAGAAACUUCUUACUGAAAAUAACUGGGAUGCCCUUUUUGAAAAGGACCAGCUUAACAUCGAGCGCAAGUCUGGAAGGGUGUUCAAGGGUUGGAGUGAGGAGAAGAUAUAUUUUGCUCCCACAUACAAGUAUUCUAGUAACUCAGAUUCUUAUGCUGGAGAGACUGCAACAUCAAAGAAAAAGAGGAGAACCCCCGCCUGGUGUGACAGAAUACUAUGGCAUGGAGAUGGCAUUGUGCAGUUGUCCUACUUCCGUGGGGAGUCCAAAUUUUCGGAUCACCGUCCUGUCUGUGGAACAUUUAUUGUUGAUGUUGAAAUACAAGAGAGCAGAUCAAAGAGGCGAUCAUCUAAUACCAACAUCAGAAUAGGUGCUGAAGAACUCUUACCAACUAGUAAGAGUAAGGCUAAUAAAAAUAAGGGCAAUAAAGAACAAGUGUGCCUAUGCAUAGCUAUCCAGAAUCCAUUGACCCCCUUGUAUUAUUGUUUCGCUGCUUGCACGAUUUCCCGGUGCGCCCUGGCCGUCCGAUCUCCUCGGCGCGGGAUUUCGACGGCUCAGAUCUCCUCCCUCCUCAUCACUGACUCGGUCCCUCUCCGCCGCGAAGCGUGGCGGCCACCGUCGCGGCGACCACUUCCACCUCCAGCUCGCCGCCGCAGCCGCCUCCUCCUCCAUCUCCACCUCCACCUCCUCCUCGCCUCCGUUGGGCGAGAGGGAGACGGAGAAUUCUCCGCUGCCAUGGCUCCGGUGCGGCUCGGGGCUCCCACUUCCGGCGCCCUGCUGCUUCUUGUCCUCCUCCUCAUCUGCGGCGGCGGCGGAGGCGGUGGCGUUGCUGCCGGGGGUGGAGGCGGAGGUGGAGGCGGGAAGGGGAGCUCGGUGUACCCGGCGCCCGUGGUGUACCCGCACCACUCCCGCCAGAUCUCCUGGAAGCCCAGGGUGUUCCUCUACCAGCAUUUCCUCAGCGACGACGAGGCCAACCACCUCGUCUCCCUCGCGAGAACGGAGCUCAAGAGGUCAGCGGUGGCUGAUAACCUGUCCGGCAAGAGCGAGCUCAGCGACGCCCGCACCAGCUCCGGCACCUUCAUCCGCAAGAGCCAGGAUCCAAUUGUUGCUGGUAUAGAGGAAAAAAUUGCUGCGUGGACAUUUCUUCCUAAAGAGAAUGGUGAGGAUAUCCAAGUGUUAAGGUAUAAGCACGGCGAGAAGUAUGAACGGCACUAUGAUUACUUCAGCGACAAUGUUAACACUCUCCGUGGUGGUCAUCGCAUAGCUACUGUUCUUAUGUACUUAACAGAUGUUGCAGAAGGUGGAGAAACAGUUUUCCCUCUAGCUGAGGAGUUUACAGAAAGUGGCACAAACAAUGAAGAUUCAACCUUGUCAGAAUGUGCUAAAAAAGGUGUUGCAGUGAAACCACGAAAAGGGGAUGCACUUCUGUUCUUCAACCUUAGCCCAGAUGCUUCAAAAGAUUCAUUGAGCCUCCACGCUGGAUGCCCAGUCAUAAAGGGUGAGAAAUGGUCUGCUACAAAGUGGAUUCGUGUAGCCUCAUUCGACAAGGUUUAUCACACACAAGGCAAUUGCACUGACGACAAUGAGAGUUGUGAAAAAUGGGCUGCCUUGGGAGAGUGCAUAAAGAACCCAGAAUACAUGAUUGGAACAGCAGCAUUACCAGGUUACUGCAGGAAGAGUUGCAACAUAUGUUAGCGAUCCAAUUGUAAAUAAUCAACGGUAACUGCUUUGUCGGCAGUCUGAUUUAUACAGGAAUGGGUUAAAAUAAGUAGGUUCAUGAGGUUUUUGGCACAAAUUCUACCAGUUUUGGUUACUUCCUGAUGACAACUUGGUUUUUGUUACCAUUCUUCAAUGGUAACUGGCAGGAAUUAGAAAGCAACUCAUUGUUAGUAUCCAUAAUUUAUGCUAGAUGGAGAUGCACUUUAUCAGUGCAAUUUCUUUGGAGAGCAGGUUUUUGUUUUUAUUUCAUAGAGUUGUCGACUUGAGCCUACUAGGUUAUGGUUGGAUUCUGCCAGAAUUUACAAACAUCUGGUCUGGUUUUCAUCUGUAAUCCUUGAGUUGUCGACUUGAACCUACUAGGUCAUGGUUAGAUCCUGCCAGAAUUUACAAACAUCUGGCCUGGUUUUCAUACCUGUAAUCCUUCUCAUUUGUGGUAUAUAGCUUCAGUGAUUUUUGAAUUCAUUAAUCAAAUCUCUUUAUCACUCUAA